AUGACUAUAAAGAUGAUCACGCUCAUUCACUAUGAGGGAGCCGACUAUACUGGCUCCUCCCCCAUCUUUCCCGGUGCCGCGGUAAAGACAGACUCGUAUAUCAUCGACUUUCUUAAGGCCGGCGGUACCGUUACGGCCGACUUUUCCGUUAACCCAGAAAGCCCGGUCGGCUACGCGGACCCUGAUGGUACGCACUUCCAAGCGUCUCACCCCGUAAACGUGAGGAACAAUGGCGCCCGCGAUGCCGACUACCACUUCCCAGCCAAGAGCGCUGGCGGCGCAGAGAUCCUUGGUUGGCUCCUUGCCGCGAGCGGAUACACCAAGAGACUGAAAGACAUUUGGAGGAACUACAAAUCUAGCGUCAACUUCGUCAACCCCCAGGACCUCGGUUGGAACCCAUCUGGGUUUCCUCUAUAG